AAAGAUCCCCGCACACUUAGUGCGCUGCAGUUUCACUGUUUGCGCUGAGAAACCAGGCACAGAGUGCAAGCAUUAUGGUGCGGGGAAACAGAUGUGCACUAGCUGCAGCUGUUCUGCUGUGUGCUACUAAAGCGUUCUGCUCUAAGGUGGACCACAUCGUCCCAGCUGCUUCUCUGAAUGCAUCCAGUCCUGUCAGCAUCAGGCUGUCUGUUGAACGUCCCACAAAGCCACGACUGUUACUGAAGUCUUUCUCUAGAGAAACCAGUUCUCCUUUUAUCUCGUGCGUCGGCUCUCCAGGGACCAAGACUGAAUGGUUUAAGUUGACUGGGGAUAAGGAGAAACUUCCUGGAGGGGAUUUUUCAGCUUCUAAACUGUAUAAAAUAGGAGUGAUGUGUUGUGCCACAAACGAUGAAGGAGAUGAAUGCACCCAGCUGUAUGACUAUGAUUUAGACUCCAUUUCAAAGAAAAAUGAGUUUUCUGAAGUGAUGGUGAGCCCCGGAGAUACUUUAGUGCUUCGCUGCAGAACAAAGGCUGAACAAGCUGCUUUUAAGUGGGAAAAGGAUGGGGAGGUUCUCAACCCUGCAUUAAUAAAAUGUCAAGAUCAAGAAGACCAGGUGAUGUGCAUCAAAGAGGAUGACAUAUACGAAAGCAACAUGAAGUAUGUUUACUUCAGACAGCUUAAUGAGUCACACAGCGGAACGUACACCUGCAGCAGUUCACCCAAUAAAAACAAAUCUGUUAGCGUUCUGGUUACAGGUAAAAGGUUUCUCUCUUCUAAGCUGGAUGACCGGAUUGUGACAAAAAAGAACGGCACCUGUCUGACAGCAGAUGUUUUCUACCACCCCGAGCUCCAGCGCUGCUACUGGGAAACUCCUGAUGGACACACGACUAAAUGUACCAUGGACCAAGUGGUAACACAGCCCAGGGUGGUGAAGCUUUGUGACUCCCUCACAUCGGGGGUUUAUAGGUUACACCUGGAGGCUGGAGGAGCACCUGAAACAAAGAACAUCACAGUUUGUGUUGCAGAAACACCUACUUUUAAAUUCAACAAAAUAAACAAUGAAUUUCACUGUGAAACUGUGAGUCCCUUCCCAGCAGAGUUCACAUGGACGUCUUGCAACCAAAGUAAUCAUAAUGAAUCCUGGAAUGUCAUUAAGAAGGAAAAUCGAUCAGACAACUUCUGCAACAAGAAAAUCACCAGCUUUGUGGAUCGAGACUUGGUCCUCGGAGAUCACUUGAGGUUUUGUUUGACAAACUCACUCGGCUCCUGGUGCGACACCUGGAAGUUAGUGAUUGAGCCGGCGAUUAUCCCCAAAGCUCCUGAUGAUAAUGUGUUCCUCCUGCUGAAAGUCAGCGCUUGUGUUCUGCUCCUGGCUCUGGGAGUGGUCAUAGUGCUGUUCAUUUACUACAUCAAAAAGAAGAAACCUAAGUACCAGCCUCAGCUUCAGAUGGUCCAGAUGGUUGGACCCAAUGACAACGACUACAUCUACAUCAACUUUAAAGAUUUUCAGUAUGACAAAAAAUGGGAGUUUCCCAGAGAGAACCUCAAACUCGGUAAAGAACUGGGCUCUGGAGCUUUUGGCAUGGUGGUUCAGGCUACAGCUUACGGCAUCAACAAGCCUGCAGUCUCACAGCAGGUGGCUGUAAAGAUGCUGAAAGAAAAGCACCAGUCAGUGGAGAAGGAGGCUCUGAUGUCUGAGCUGAAGAUGCUGACUCACAUCGGUCAUCACAGCAACAUCGUUAACCUCCUCGGGGCUUGUACUGAAACAGGACCAAUCUACCUGAUUUUCCAGUACUGUUGCUAUGGAGACCUGCUGAACUUCCUGAAGAAGAACAGCGACCGUUAUCACAAGUCUGUGACGGAUGCCUUUAGCAAGGAUCGUUUCAGCAGCCUGUACCACAACCAGAAAAACUCCUGUGAGUUAAUAACGUCAGUGGACAGCUACAUGCCCAUGCACAGCACCACCACCGGGGGACAGGAGGACAGCUCCCUCCUCACCCACAACUACAAAGACAUGGAAGAUCCAGAAAUCUUUGAUGCUGGAGACGAUCCUGAUGAAGAGCUGCAGGCCCUGACCUUUGAAGACCUCCUCAGUUUUGCCUUCCAAGUGGCCAAAGGCAUGGAGUUCCUCUCCUCCAAAAACUGUAUCCAUCGGGAUCUCGCAGCUCGAAAUGUGUUGGUGACAAAAAACAGGCUGGUGAAGAUCGGCGACUUUGGUCUGGCUCGGGACAUCGACAAUGACUCCAACUAUGUAGUGAGAGGAAACGUGCGUCUGCCAGUGAAGUGGAUGGCUCCAGAGAGCAUCUUCCAGGGGAUGUACACCAUGAAGAGUGACAUCUGGGCUUAUGGCAUUCUGCUCUGGGAGAUCUUCUCACUUGGUGUUACUCCGUACCCGGGUAUAAAGGUGGAUGCCACGUUCUACUCAAUGAUCGAAAGAGGAUUUAAGAUGGAGCAACCCUACUACGCCAACGACUCUGUGUACAAAGUGAUGUGCAGCUGUUGGGCUCUGAAUCCCUCCGACCGCCCAUCUUUCUCCAAGUUGGUGUCCUUCAUGUGUGAUCAGCUGACAGGCAGAGAGGAGAAGCUCUACCACAACAUGCUUGACAAGAUUUACCAGAACACAUCGACCAUCACUGACAUUUGCGCCUUGGAAAAACAAAGCAACAACAAGUCGGGAACGCCCAACGAUUACUGCACAACCAACGUGCCAAAUUCAGGAACUGUGGUGGAUGAGGAGGAGCCUCUGAAACCAUCUGGUGCAGAAUGAUCCAUUUUUAAGCUUCAAGCUAUUUUAUCUUUAAAGAAUAAAAAGGAAAUACUCAAUAUCUUCUUAUACUCAUCAAAAGGAUUGGGCUUAAUAUUAUUUUACAAAUAUUACAAUCUCUUGUUUAUACUUUAUUCAAUGAAAAAUACUGCAAGUAGCACUUAUUUUGCAUUUUGAAUAACCUGAGCUAAAGAUGUGAGAAUUUUACAUGACUCUGUGCAGCUCAGUGGCUUAAAAAGUAGACGUCAUGUGUAUUCUUAAACUGUAAAUAUGUGGCUUUCUCUCCAUUAAUAUCAAAUUAUUCUGGUAAAAGAUCAAUUUUGCACACAAAACUGAUUAAAUAUCAAUCCAUCAUUGGUAAUAAAAUGUCAAACAUCGCCAACAGUAUUUCAAACUCAGUAUAGAUUUGAUUGUUUUUGUAUUUGAAGGUGAUACUGUGUUAAAUAACUGUAUAAAACAGGCCAUAUCUAUUUUUUUAGUUAUUUAAAUUGAUGUUAGCCAAUAGUUCUCAGGGUUUUGGUCACUAUCACACCUGCUGUCAUUUGAGCUUCCUGUAUUUGAUUUAGCCACGUAUAAAGGAUGCUGCUGCACAGUGUAAGACAAAAAAGAAAAUAAAGCCUAAAAAAUAAAAUAUAUACAACACAUGAAAAGUGUCUGAAAAAGCAUUAGAAAUAAAGAAAAGGUAAAGCAAUACAAAGAGCUGAAACAUGCAUUGUCUUUAAAUUAACCAAUCUAUGUUUGUUGUCUUUAUUUUGUACACUUACAAAUUUUAUCAACCCUGCAUUAAAACGUCACUGGAUGCUUUGAAGAUAAAGUAGAUUUAUGCAAAACUGUUUUCUUGGCUUAUAUAUAUAUUAAAUAAUUGUCCUGUAUUUGCACUAGUUGAAAAUUCUUGCACUGUAACAUGGAAAUAUGAUAUAUAUUUUACUG